CGUAGUAAAAAAAAAGUGUCGUCACCAAGAGCAAUUUCCAUGUUAGCUUUUUAAAAUUGUUGUUAGAUGUUUAACACCCUGGAACUCAAAAUAAGAUUAAUUUAACCGCAUAGCAUCACAUGCUUACUCCAGCUAUUCUUUAAAUUUCAUUGGAGACAGGACUUGGAUGUGAACUAGGUAACGCUAGCUAGCUGCUAACGUUAGCUAAAAAUGGCUAACUGUAUGGCUUUUCACAGUCAAAUGGCAUCCAUCAUGGAGGUGCUAGCGAAUGCAGCCGUGGCAGAGAUCUGUAAACUCGUAGACGACGACUAUGCAGUGUUUCGUUUGGAAAUAACUCAAAGCCAGAAAGAAAACAAGGCAUUGCGGAGGAAACUACAGCAACUGGAAAUUAAGGUGGCACGGGACCGCGCAGAGAGGACAAUGCGAGAGCGCGUCCUCGCCAGUCCCAGUAGUGUCAAGAUCCUCGACCGAUACAGAGGAAAGGCAAAAGGUGAAGGACAUCACACUGGAGGCCACAGGAACUUUGUGAAGCCAGCAGGACACAAUACAUGGAGAGAUGACCAACCAAUCACUGUUGAUGAGGGGAUGGGAAACACAACCCAUCAUGUUAUAGAGUCUGCAGAGGCUGAAGGUCCUGGGGUCAAGCAGGAAAAGUCUGAAGGAGAGGUGGACCCACGGCACAGUAGAAACAUCCAGACUGGAGCAGCUGGAGCGCCCCCUGUAGCCACGGAGAACCCCACCACCGCCCAAGAGCAGUCCAGGACCCGACGCAGUAUCAUGGUCAGUGGAACGCUGAACGCCAUCCUCAAGUCAGAGACAGACACCAAGACCUUAACGGGGCUGAACCGACUGGGCUGUCCUCCUGCUCCACGCUCAGAGUAUUUACUUUAUGGUAAUACAAGCCCGAGAACUGUUCUGUCCCAUCGGGACUCAGGUGACACUUUACAGACUGUCAAUGACCCAUCCUGUUCAUACACUACAGAGAUGAUACCUGGUGACAUGCCUGUGGUAUUAGAUGCACAGACUAAUCCAAUGAAAGUGGACUGGAACGAGUACAGUAGUAGUGGAUACACUGAAGGGUGCCUAGAUAAGAAAGGGGAGAGCCUGGUCGUAGAUGAGGUGACUGUGAAAGUGGAGGGCGACGCUCCUCUGACAUGGAAUGCAUACGAAAAUCACUUAGGAGAAGGACACUCACAAGGCAACACCAUUGACUUCUUAGACUACAGGGAAAGCUUAGAGACAAAUCUAAAUGUCAUGACCCACUCCCCUUUACACACGUUUACACACGAUCCAUUAUCCAUGUCGAUGGGGCCCUCCGAUUCACACAGGGAACAAAUGGCCAAGGCGCGGGGAGAGGGAGCCACAUCGGGCAAUGGUAAAGAGAAACGGUUCCUUUGCAUGUUCUGUAACAAAGGCUUCAGCUGCCCCCAGAAGGUGGACAUCCACCAGAGGGUCCACACAGGGGUGAAACCCUUCAGUUGUACCCAGUGUCACAUGCGCUUCGCCCAGGCAUGCACCCUGAAGAGGCACCAGAGGGUCCACACAGGGGAGAAACCCUUCAGCUGUACCCAGUGCCACAUGCGCUUUGCCCAGGCUGGUGACCUGAAGAGGCACCAGAGGGUCCACACGGGAGAGAGGCCUUUCGCCUGUGCACACUGUGGGAAGAGGUUCUCAGAGAAGAGCUACCUCAGGUUACACCAGCAGAAAAAACACUCCACUCUAACAAACACUUUUAUAUCAAAAGACAAAGAUUAAUUUUAGUUGUCAUCAGAAAAUAUCCAAAGAUGCAUUUGGAUAUUCCUGGGUAGAAUAUUAUAUCCAGAUAUUGUGUGAUAUAUAAGGCAUAGUAUGUAUAAACAGUGCCUACGGAAGGUAUUCAGACCCCUUGACUUUUCCACAUUUUGUUACGUUACAGCCUUAUUCUAAAAUUGAUUAAAUUGUUGUUUUCCCUCAAUCUACACACAAUACCCCACAAUGACAAAGCAAAAACAGGUUUAUAAAUGUUUGUAUAUGUAUUAAAAAUCAACUGAAAUUUCACAUUUACAUAAGUAUUCAGACCCUUUUUACUCAGUACUUUGUUGAACACCUUUGGCAGAAAUGACAGCCUCAAGUCUUCUUGGGUAUGACUCUACAAGCUUGGCACACCUGUAUUUGGGGAGUUUCUCAGAUUCUUCUCUGCAGAUCCACUCAAGCUUUGUCAGGUUGGAUGGGGAGCGUUGCUGCACAGCUAUUUUCAGGUCUCCAGAGAUGUUCGACGGGUUCAAGUCCGGGCUCUGGCUGGGCCACUCAAUGACAUUCAGAGACUUGUCCCAAAGCCACUCCUGCGUUGUCUUGGCUGUGUGCUUAGGGUCAUUGUCCUGUUGGAAGGUGAACCGUCGCCCGAGUCUGAGGUCCUGAGCAGGUUUUCAUAAUCUCUGUACUUUUCUCUUUUCAUCAUUCCCCCGAUCCUGACUAGUCUCCCAGUCCCUGCUGCUGAAAAAUGCUGCCAGGUUUCCUCCAGAUGUGACACUUGGCAUUCAGGACAAAGAGUUCAAUCUUGGUUUCAUCAGACCAGAAAAUCUUGUUUCUCAUUGUGUGAGAGUCCAUUCGAUGCUUUUUGGAAACUCCAAGUGGGCUGUCAUGUGCCUUUUACUAAGGAGUGGCUUCCUUCUGGUCACUCUACCAUAAAAGGCCUGAUUGGUGGAGUUCUGCACAGAUGGUUGUCCUUUUGGAAGGUUAUCCCAUCUCCACAGAGGAACUCUGUCAGAGUGACUAUCAGGUUCCUGGUCACCUCCCUGAUGAAGGCCCUUCUCCACUGAUUGCUCAGUUUGGCCGGGCGGCCAACUCUAGGAAGAGUCUUGGUGGUUCCAAACUUCUACCAUUUAAGAAUGAUGGAGGCCACUGUGUUCUUGGGGACCUUCAAUGCUGCAGACAUUUUUUUGGUACCCUUCCCCAGAUCUGUGCCUCGACACAAUCCUGUCUCGGAGCUCUUACGGCCAAUUCCUUCGACCUCGUGGCUUGGUUUUCGCUCUGACAUGCACUGUCAACUGUGGGACCUUACAGUCGUAUGAAAAAGUUUGGGCACCCCUGACAAUUUCCAUGAUUUCCAUUUAUAAAUAAUUGGGUGUUUGGAUCAGCAAUUUCAUUUUGAUCUAUCAAAUAACUGAGGGGGACAGUAAUAUUUCUGUAGUGAAAUGAGGUUUAUUGGAUUAACAGAAAAUGGGCAAUAUGCAUCAAAACAAAAUUAAAAUAACAGCCUCUAGAUGCUUCCCAUAGCCUCUAAUGAGUGUCUGGAUUCUGGAUGAAGGUAUUUUGGACCAUUCCUCCUUACAAAACAUCUCCAGUUCAGUUAGUUUUGAUGGUUGCCGAGCAUGGACAGCCUGCUUCAAAUCAUCCCACAGAUUCUCAAUGAUAUUCAGGUCUGGGGACUGGGAUGGCCAUUUCAGAACAUUGUACUUGUUCCUCUGCAUAAAUGCCCGGGUAGAUUUUGAGCAGUGUUUUGGGUCGUUCUCUUGUUGAAAUAUCCAGCCCUGGUGUAACUUCAACUUUGUGACUGAUUCUUCAACAUUAUUCCCAAGAAUUUGCUGAUAUUGAGUAGGAUCCAUGCGACCCUCAACUUUAACAAGAUUCCCAGUAUCGGCACUGGCCACACAGCCCCACAGCAUGAUGGAACCCCCACCAAAUUUUACUGUGGGUAGCAAGUGUUUUUCUUGGAACGAUGUGUUCUUUUGCCGCCAUGCAUAAAGUCCCUUGUUAUGACCAAAUAACUCAAUCUUUGUUUCAUCAGUCCACAGCACCUUAUUUCAAAAUGAAGCUGGCUUGUCCAAAUGUGCGUUUGCAUACCUCAAGCGACUCUGUUUGUGGUGUGUGUGCAGAAAAGGCUUCUUCCGCAUCACUCUCCCAUACAGCUUCUCCUUGUGCAAAGUGCGCUGAAUUGUUGAACGAUGCACAGUGACACCAUCUGCAGCAAGAUGAUGUUGUAGGUCUUUGGAGGUGGUCUGUUGGCUGAUUUUGACCGUUCUCGCCAUCCUUCGCCUUUGCCUCUCCAAUAUUUUACUUGGCCUGCCACUUCUGGCCUUAAGAACUGUGCCUGUGGUCUUCCAUUUCCUCACUAUGUUCCUCACAGUGGACACUGACAGCCUAAAUCUCUGCGAUAGCUUUUUGUAGCCAUCCUCGAAACCAUAAUGUUGAACAAUCUUUGUUUUCAAGUCAUUUGAGAGUUGUUUUGAGGCCCCCAUGUUGCAACUCUUCAGAGGAGAGUCAAAGAGAACAACAACUUGCAAUUGGCCACCUUAAAUACCUUUUCUCAUGAUUGGAUGCACUUGUCUAUGAAGUUCAAGGCUUAAUGAGCUCACCAAACCAAUUGUGUGUUCCAAUUAAUCAGUGCUAAGUAGUUACAGGUAUUCAAAUCAACAGAAUGAUAAGGGUGCCCACAUUUUUGCAUAGCCUAUUUUUCACAUCUGAUUUAAUAUCAUACAACUUAAUAUUGCUACACUAAAAAUCUUUGUCUGGACAAUAUCCCAGUACUCAGCUUUUAUUAGAAAAUUAAUGGCAUGCCACUGUGAUCAUUUUUUGUGACGACAGAGUAAAUUAUUAUGCAGCCUCAGAGGGGUGCCCAAACCUUUUCAUACGACUGUAUAUAGACAGGCGUGUGCCUUUCCAAAUCAUGCCCAAUCAAUUGAAUUUACCACAGGUCGACUCCAAUCAAGUUGUAGAAACAUCUCAAGGAUGAUCAAUGGAAACAGGAUGCAACUGAGCUCAAUUUCGAGUCUCAUAGCAAAGGGUCUGAAUACUUGUGUAAAUAAGGUAUUUUUUUAUUUUAAUACAUUUGCAAUAAUAAAAAAAAACGUUUUUCACUUCAUCAUUAUGGAGUAUUGAGUAUUGUAAUCCAUUUUAGAAUAAGGCUGUGAGGUAACGACGUGUAAAGUCAAGGGGUCUGAAUACUUUCCAAAGGCACUGUAGCUCCUUUCAUAUUUGUUUUGAUCCUGACCAGUGGUGGAAAAAGUAAAGAUACUUUCAUAGAAAAUGACUCAAGUAAAAUUGAGUCACCCAGUAAAAUAAUACUUGAGUAAAAGUAUAAAAGUAUUUGGUUUUAAAUGUACUUAAGUAUCAAAAGUAAAAGUGUUCAUUUCUAAUUCACACAUUCUUGUUUAUUUAUUUAUAGGGAGACAGGGGCUUACUACAAACAAAGCAUUUGUGUUUAAUGAGUGCGCCCAAUCAGAGGCUGUAGGGAUGACCAGGGAUGUUCUCUUGAUAAGUGUGUGAAUUGGACCAUUUUCCUGUCAAAAUGUAACAAGUACUUUUGGGUGUUAAGGAAAAUGUAUGGAGUAAAAAGUACAUUAUUUUCUUUACGAUUGUAGUAAAAGUUGUCAAAUAUAAAUACUAAAGUACAGAUACCCAAAAAAACUACUUAACUAGUACUUUAAAGUAUUUUUACUUAAGUACUUUACACCACUGAUCCUGACAAACUCCCCAGUCCCUACCAAUGACAAGCAUACCCAUAACAUGAUGCUGCCACCACAAUACUUAAAUAGAGAGGGCUUCACUCUGUUGUAUUGGAUUUGAGACAACCCUCUUUUUUUUAAAAUCCAGGCCAAAAAUGUAAUGUAAGUGCAAUGUUGUUGAUCUCUUUGUAUUCAAGUAUUGUGAUGGCAGCAUCAUGUUAUGGUUAUGUCACCGGCAGGGACUAGGGAAUUUAUGAUAAAAAAGAAAUAUGAAACGAGCAAAGAAACUCACCUCAGUCUUCUGAAAACCCUGGGAUAGGGUUUUAUUUUUCUGUGGGACAAUUACACAGAGGUGUUGAGAGUUCCUGAGUGAUCUAGUCUCAGUAGUGACUUAAAUCAGCUUUAAAAAAAUCGGAGACAAGGUUUGAAUAUGGCUGUCCAAUGAUUCCCAAUUUUGACAACAAUGGAUAUAGUGUUGUGCGAAGUCGGUAGAAUCUUAUUCCAAGUUAUUCACAGCUAUAAUUGCUGCCAAAAUGUGCUUCCACUAAGUAUUAACUGGAGACUUAUCCAUUUUUUUCUUAAUUUGGUAAAUGUUCUAUAACUUUAUUUUACUUGAACAUUUGGAGAAGGUUGUGUAGAUCUGCAGGAAAAUGUAAUUUAAUUCCUUUUUAUAUUUAUUUAAUUUUGAGGCAGCAAAAUGUGAAAAGAAGUUAAAGGUGGUGUUGACUUUCGAUAUGCACUGUACGCCUAAAAAGUCUGUUACAUAUUGUGUUUGUACUGUGUAGGCUAUAAUGAUGUUCACAAAUGCCUUUUUUAUUACUUCUGUUCAACUACUUGUUUUUUUCCCCCAGGACAUCUUUUAUUGAAAACAUUUAUGCAGUUUAUCAUGCAGAUUAUCAUGCAGAUUUGUAGUAAAGACAUAUGUAUGUGUCGUUUUCAUAUGGUCUGUUUAAAACUUGUUUAUGUUUAAUAAACACAAAAUGGGACUUAAUUCAAAUACUUUUCUCAUUGAGACUCUUUAGUGUACAUCACAUCUGAUCUCAUCCUAUUCUGCAUAAAUAUGACAGUUAUAACCAAUACAUAUUGAACAAACAUAUUAACACAACAUGUAAAGUGUUGGUUUCAUGAGCUGAAAUAAAAGACCCCAGAAAUGUAACAUAUGCACAAAAAGCUUAUUUCUCUAAAAUGUUGUGCAAGAGAGUAAUAGGAUACGGCAUGUGUCAAAAUUGAUUGAUUGCUGACCUUAUGACCUGAUGACAUGUCCAUGGGGUAUACCCCGGACUCCAGAGUGACAAUUUUAGCAUGUGAACAAUUUGACAGGUCAAAUGCUACGAAAACGGUCAGUCCAUAUGUAUCCUCCAAAGCAUGCAAGGAUGUAAAUUUUUUUCAAAUAA